AUGUGCAGCCUCGGUGCGCUUCCAGGAACGCACUGCAGCGUCAUUGCCAUCCUAUACCCUGGAGAUCUGUUGAAGGCUGAGGGACAGGUGUGCAGGACCUCAAUCCGGCACAUCGACCCGCAGACCGGUAAAGGGUAUCACCGCGACGAGGCCGCCCGCGUGCUAAAGUUCUUCCGCACGGCUGUCCUGGCCGAGCUGGGGCGUCCCAGUAGGAUGUGGGACUGGGCGCCGCCAUCACAAGCAGUGGUGGAGGUCAGGCUGGCCGACUGCGACCACCCUAUCCGCGAUGUGAGUUGCAAGGGGGGGGGGUGCCCGUUUCUGAACGCUCCGCUCAUCAUGUUCCGUGCUUGUAUGCAGAAAGUGCCGGGCACAGUGUCGGACGGGCAUGUCGGUGCCGGCGUGCUUUCCGCGACGUCGUUCGGGUGGGUAGCAAAACAGAUCGACCAUCUGACAGGCGAGAAGGGUCGUCGUGGGGUGAGCAUCGAGAGCAUCGGGAUGAAGAUGCUGAAGGCUUUGCGCGACAGCAUGGUUGAGUACGUCGGCAAGGUCAUUGCCGUGAAACGCACCGCGACGCCGACUUCUCAAGCCGCCGGACCCGCCGACAAUGCCAUAGAUGACGACGUCGCGGAAGGACAGAAAGCGCCCCAAGGUGCAGUUGCCGCCCAGCAUCAUGGGAACGCGAGGGUGCAUGGGGAAGGUGGAAACGGUGGAGGAGGCAACGCAGAGGCAGGUGCAGGAAGGUCGGAAACGGAGAAGUCGGAGUCGUCGUCGGAGUCGGAGUCGGAGUCGGAGUCGGAGGAGGAAGACGAGGCGGUGAAGCGUAAGGACGAGGAGGAGUAUGAGGAGGAGGAGGAGAAUAAGGACGAGAAUGGUGAGAAGUGGGAGGGAGGGAAGGAUGAGGAGGGGGGGGAUGAAGAGGUGGAGUUCGUGGUGGAGUAUGUAGAGGGUACGGUUGAGGCGGGAGCGGCGGAAGAGGCGGUGGGGUCGGCAGAUCAGGGGAAUGAGGAAGAGAAGGAUGACGGCGCGGGAAAUGCUACGAGGUCGGCAGAUGUGGGGAAGGAGAAGGGCGAGGUCGGCGUGGAGGCACCCGGAAAUGGCCAGGAUGAGGCGGCCUGCGAAGGAGGUGGGAAGGUGUCGGUCGACGCCGGCGAAGGGCCGAACAACACGGGCGAGCAGGAGGCCGGGGAAGCACCUGGUCGGCAGGGCCCAGAACUGGACGACGUCGAGGUUCUGCGACGGGAAAACUGGUUGUUGCGGGCGGAGAACGCUCGGCUGGCGUCGUUGCUCGAUGCGGAGCGGUCCCGGCUGGACAGUUUUUUUGUUGGGGUCAGUCGACUCGUCGACCACGUUAAAGGGUUGGCCGAGCAGGUCGACGACACCGACAAGUAUGCCGUGGAACAGCUGCGAAACGCGACGGAGGCCAUGUCGAAGACCAUCACGGGCAACAUCUCCGGCAGCUUUGACGAAGCGUGGAAGUCGAUGAAGACUUUCGCGGAACAUGCGACGGAGUGGUUGGAGGACUUCGACAAUCCGGAGGGUCGUGUCGCGUAUGCACGAGCGUUAGCGGUCACCUCCUUGGCCGAACACGUGGAUUCGGUGGUGGGCGAUGCGAAGAAGGGGUUGGAAGAGUACAUCUCGAACCACCUUGCCUCCGCGCAGGUCAACAUCGCCACCGCUUUGACCGCCAGGCUCGCUGUGUCGCCGCCGCCACCGCCUCAUCCCACGCCGCCCGCCAUCCCAGAAGAGUUUUUGAAGUCGUUCAAGGCCGACAUCCUGAAGGCGGUGACGGAGGCCACCCAGCAGUCUUUUGUUGCUUCCGGGAUGAAGAUCAUGACAGAGAUGAUCGGCACUGUAGCGCCUGGUCGGCGUGGGUCGUCGCCUUCGGCCAAUGACGCCGAUAACGCGCAAAGAAAAACGGCCGAGAAGCAGGGCCAUAAGAGGACCGGCGACGGAGACGACAAGGGGAGCUCGAAGCGGAGCAAGGGAGCGGACGGUAGUUUCGGGUCGAAGCCUGCGCAAAAAAGCGUGGUCGACCAGCUGAAGACGAAGGCGGGGUGGAAGGUGGUAAGGACGUCGCACAGCAAGGGAGGCGGAAGCGGGGGAGCAGAGGGUGGCCCUGCCGACGGGGUUGCCGCCAACCAAGCUGCUCCGACUGGCCCGCCUUUGGUCGCCGAGCAGACCCAUCCUCAGGCGAGCGGUGGGAAAGGCGUUACCGGCAAGGAGGUGCCAACUGCUCAGGCGGCGAAUGAUGGUGACUCCGGAACCACCAAGGGACCACCCGUCGCGGCGUCGGCCAAGCCUGCUUCUGCUACGGUUGCCGACACCACCAAGUUGAGUCCCCGUAACCCCCUUGCGACUACCAGCGCGCCUGCCGGCCAGUCAGGUGCGAACAAAGAUGGCGAGGCUGCUCCAGCUCCAGCAGCCCCGACUGCCGCCAAGGUUGUCGCGAAGGUUGCUUCGGCUAAGGGUGAUGCCAUGGCAUCAGCUAAGGCCCCCCCCGGUGCUACCGCACUCAGAGAGAUGCUCCGCCGCAUGGAGGCACAUAGCAGGGACGUGCAGCAGCAUCCCGUGGUCGACGCCGGCCUUCCUGGAACAGCACGCCGCUCCGUCACUACGCAGGUUGCCGGCAAGUCGUCCGGUGCCCCACCUGCCGCGCCUCCGGUGGCCGCCCCACCGCCUGCGGACCCCAAGUCCGAUUUUCUUCGCGCCCAUUUAGGCGCACGCAAAGCAACUGCUCCGUCAGUGACCCUGCCGGAACUCGGCAAAAGCGCGACGCCGAUGUCGGUAAACGCAACCGCACCCACACCAGGUGCAUCUGUGGUCGAUGUGGCGGCGGAGAAGGGAGUGAGUGCAGCGCUCGCCACCGGCGGCCGCGCAGACAAGCAUGCCGACCUCGCGGUCGUCAUGGCCCAUUUUGAGGCAGCAAAGCGCCCCGAGCACGCCCCUGUUAUGGCCAUCAUGGACACGGCGCAUGUGGUGCCGUCGGCAACCCACGGAGGGGGUUCGACGGAGCAGACGGCCGCAACGGCUGCUGUCGCCGAGAUAAAUGCUGGACGGAAGGAAAAGGACGACAACGGGAAAGGGAAGGCGGUCUCUCAGAGGAGCACGCGGGCGAUGACUGCGGGGAAGUUGACGUCGGAAGAGAAAGGAAAGAAGGCGGAAGGGGAGAAGGACAAGACGGGCGGCAAGGGUAAGCCGGCGAAGAAGGAGGAGAAGGCGGAGGAGGAGGACGAGGAGGGCGGCGAGGGAGAUAAAGAGCAUGGACGCAGGGGUCAUGGCAUCCGCCGAGACAAGGCUGGCGACGGGCAAGGGUGGGUGGGCGAAAUUAAGGUACACGGACAGAAUCGGUACAUCGGCAAGUCGAGGGAGAAGAUGGAGCUGGCCUACGAGCACGCGAUUGCGUUCGUCGUCUACGACGGCUACGUGAGCAAGGUGCUCAUGAAGGAGCUCACCGUCUUGAACCCGGGGGAGUUGGAUAAAUGGAAGGAGGUGUGGGCGAUGGUGAAGUUGUUGCCCACUGGGAUGUGGACCGUGAUGUGGGCCAGAGGCUUGUGCCAUCCGAGAGCAAGGUUCGACGAUAUACUCGGCAGGUACCGUGGGUACGCGAGUUCGGGUGUUGCGCUUCAUGACGUGCUCUGGCCGGCGAUCUGGUUCCCCAUCAUCGAGGACACGGAGGAAGGCAAGGAAGAGACGACCGCUCUCUUGUCGGCGAUGGUAAAUCGCGUGUCGAUGUGCGCGGCGUAUGGGAAGGUCGCGGCGAGCGCGGCGUUUGGGAAGGUCGAUGCGAGCGUGGAGGGGAAGGCGGACGAGAAGGUGGAGAUGGGGGCCCAGGCGUUAGCGGCAUCGGCAUGCGCCAUCUGGUGCUUCUUGGAGACGGGGGCGUCGGUGCUCGGUGCUGUGGGCGAAGGGAAGGCGGCGGCGAUGGUGGCAGGUGCGGGGGAGGCGAGGGCCAAUGACUUCAAGGAGGUGAUGCACGCGGUGAUCGACAUAGCACGCAGCAGGCAGGCUCCCGCUGGGAAGGUUGCACAUAACGUCGCGCCAUCGGUGCAGAGCCAGGCAGUUGCCAGGGCCUUCGCGAAGGGAGUUGAGGAAGUCGAGGCCGACAUGAUCGCAAGAGCGACGGUCGAGACCUUGGCGUUCUGGGGAAUGUGCCCCGUCGCCGGGCCCAUGCUCAAAGCGCAGGGCAUCGAUGUGCCGUGUGACGCGAGGAUGGAGUACGAUAUGGAUCACAGGGGUAGGAAGGGGGAGAAGGUCAAGCAAAGCAAGGGCAGCAGCAAGAGGAAGAAGAGCAAGCAGGGCAUGGGCAGUACGGAUGCGUAG